GAGUCGUGCGUUUCACAACUAACUAUAAGAAAGCACAUGUUUACGAGUGCAAAAACUCUCAGCAAAAAUAGUCAUUCUCCCUCAAGGACCGAGUCUCCGAACCAAAUCUACAUCCUUCACGUGUCCCUCUCUGCCGGACAUGGAGAGGCCGCUGCUUAACGGAAGUCUCACCUCCGGCGACGGAGACUACUUGCCAGUGAGGAGUUUCAAGGAGAUAAAGUCUGUAUUUUGGAUUGAGACAGUGAAGUUGUGGAAGAUUGCCGCUCCAAUUGUGUUUAAUACCCUGUGCCAAUAUGGGAUAAACUCGGUUACCAACAUAUUUGUGGGUCAUGUUGGAAAUUUUGAGCUUUCUGCUGUUGCCAUUUCUCUCUCUGUUAUUGGCACCUUUUCUUUUGGAUUCAUGCUUGGAAUGGGGAGCGCACUGGAGACGCUCUGUGGUCAAGCUUUUGGUGCUGGGCGAGUUCACAUGCUUGGUAUUUACAUGCAGCGGUCAUGGAUUAUCUUAUUCGUGACUUGUAUCUUCUUGUUGCCCAUUUACAUUUUCGCUAGUCCUAUAUUGAAGCUCCUUGGGCAAGAAGAAAGUGUCGCAGACUAUGCUGGAAAUUUUACUUUACUAAUUAUCCCGCAGUUGUUUUCACUUGCCAUCAAUUUCCCUACCACAAAGUUCCUUCAGGCUCAAAGCAAGGUUACUGCGCUUGCCUGGAUCGGCUUCGUGGCUCUGAUCCUGCACAUUCCUUUGCUCUGGCUCUUGAUUUUUGUAUUUAGCUGGGGUACAACUGGUGCAGCCAUAGCAUUUGAUAUUACUAAUUGGGGAAUGGUUGUGGCUCAAGUUGUUUAUGUCAUGGGAUGGUGCAAGGACGGUUGGCAAGGAUUUUCUUGGUCUGCGUUUAAAGAGAUUUGGGCUUUUGUUCGGCUCUCACUUGCCUCAGCUGUUAUGCUUUGCCUAGAGAUUUGGUAUAUGAUGAGCAUUAUUGUGCUCACUGGCCAUCUUGGUAAUGCAGUGAUUGCAGUUGAUUCCCUCUCUAUAUGUAUGAAUUUCAAUGGUUGGGAGGCUAUGUUGUUCAUUGGAAUAAAUGCAGCUAUAAGCGUUCGUGUCUCCAAUGAGCUUGGAUCAGGACAUCCAAGAGCAGCCAAAUAUUCCGUAUAUGUGACUGUAUUUCAGUCCUUCCUCAUUGGAAUUCUUUUCAUGCUCAUCAUAUUGAUAGCCAAGGACUAUUUUGCAAUCAUUUUCACUAACAGCAAAGAUCUGCAAGUAGCCGUCUCCAAGCUAGCAUUUCUCCUUGCCCUCACCAUGGUUCUUAACAGUGUUCAGCCAGUGAUAGGAGGUGUUGCCAUUGGGAGUGGUUGGCAAGCAUUAGUGGCCUAUAUCAACAUCGGUUGCUACUAUAUUUUUGGGCUUCCUCUUGGUUUCCUGCUUGGUUACAAAGCAAACUUAGGAGUGAAGGGAGUCUGGGGGGGAAUGAUAGCUGGAACUGCUUUGCAGACCUUGCUGCUCUUGAUAGUACUUUACAGAACCAACUGGAACAAAGAGGUAGAGCAAACAUCAGAGCGCGUGCGGAGGUGGGGUGGACAAGAAGUGGACAAGGAGAAUACUGUUGAUGGUGUAUGAAAUGUGCCAUUUGAAAAAGCUGUGAACAAUUCUAUAGGUUCCUCCAUUAUUGUUUGAACGCCUCCAAUGGUGGAAACUUUAAACUCUUAUGUAGCAGUUGUUGCUUGAUCUCUUGAUCUUGCCUCUAGAGUUUAAUGCGGCAAUGUACUUGUUCAGCUUGUCGAAAUUUUUAACUGGCAUGAAUGCUUUUUGUUCAUGCUUUUUCUCAAUUAGAUUAUUGCAAGUUUCAGAUA